CCGGGAGCGCAGGUGCGGCUUCCGCGUCAAGAUGGCCGCCGCCUGUCGCUCUUCGGCUUGGCUCCCUCCCGGGCUCCUCGGCCGCCUGCCCGCCGGGGCCCAGCUGCUGCGCGUUGCCCUGUGCCUCCUGUGCUGGGCCCCGGCGGCUGUGGACGCCGUCCCUGAGCUCGGGCUUUGGACGAGGACGGUCAAUGACAAAUCAGGACCUUUGAUAUUUAGAAAAACUAUGUUUAACUCUACUGAGAUCAAGUUUUCUGUGAAGUCGUUCAGUUGUUCUGGACCUGUGAAGUUCACCAUAGAGUGGCACUUGAAGUACCAUACCUGCCACAAUGAGUACCCUGAGCUGGAGGAGGAGCUGUCCCAAAAACAUGAACUUAAUGCUGAUGCGGACUUCUGUGCUUAUUUCAAGAACGUUGACUGUUGGACAACAAAAAGUGAAAACUUAGAUUGCAGCAGUGAUUUACAGGCAUUUCCCUCAUUAAAUAAUAAAGAGCUAACAGGUAGCAGAAAUGUUUCAAGCCAAGAAGGAGCAACGGAUGUUGUAGCCAGGACCCAGAAAGAUGGCUUCCAUAUUUUCAUCGUAUCUAUUAAAACGGAAAAAACAGAUGCAGUCUGGGAUUUGAAUGUUUCUCUUUCUAUGGUGGGGCCUCAUGGAUAUAUCUCUGCAUCAGACUGGCCUCUAAUGAUUUUUUACAUGGUGAUGUGUAUUGUUUACAUAUUAUAUGGUGUCCUCUGGCUGAUGUGGUCCGCCUGUUACUGGAAAGAUAUAUUAAGAAUCCAGUUCUGGAUUGCAGCUGUUAUUUUCCUUGGAAUGCUUGAGAAAGCAGUUUUUUAUAGUGAAUACCAAAACAUCAACAGCACUGGACUGUCAACCCAAGGUUUACUGAUAUUUGCAGAGUUGAUAUCUGCAGUUAAGAGGACAUUGGCUCGCCUGCUUGUGAUCAUUGUGAGCUUGGGCUAUGGCAUUGUGAAGCCCCGGUUAGGAACAGUCAUGCACCGGGUGAUUGGACUGGGACUGCUGUACUUGGUCUUUGCGGCCGUCGAAGGCGCCAUGAGAGUCCUCGGGGGUUCUAAACAUUUAGCUGUUGUUUUGAGUGACAUUAUUUUAGCAGUUAUUGACUCCAUUUUUGUGUGGUUCAUUUUUAUAAGUUUGGCACAGACUAUGAAGACUCUCAGGCUAAGAAAGAACACAGUGAAAUUUUCAUUAUACAGGCAUUUUACAAAUACACUCAUCUUUGCUGUGCUGGCUUCUAUAGUGUUUAUGGUGUGGACAACAAAGACCUUCAGGAUUGCAAAAUGCCAAUCAGAUUGGAUGGAGCUCUGGGUUGAUGAUGCGUUUUGGAGCUUUCUCUUUUCACUCAUCCUUAUUGUGAUAAUGUUCUUAUGGAGGCCAUCAGCAAAUAAUCAGAGGUAUGCCUUCAUGCCCUUGAUAGAUGAUUCUGAUGAUGAAGUCGAGGAAUUCAUGGUAACAUCUGAAAAUUUAACUGAAGGAAUAAAACUAAGAGCCUCAAAAACGGUUUCAAACGGAACAGCUAAGCCUACUUCUGAUAAUUUUGAUGAAGAUUUGAAGUGGGUGGAAGAAAAUAUUCCCUCUUCAUUCACAGAUGUAGCUCUCCCAGUGUUAGUGGACUCAGAUGAGGAAAUUAUGACCAGAUCUGAAAUAGCUGAAAAAAUGUUCUCUUCAGAAAAGAUAAUGUAACUGGGACCUGCAGUCGAGUCAUGGGAAAAGCCUGUCUCAUCAAACUGACGGUUUCGCUAGGAUACAUGUUUUACUGUAUUGUCUUGGAGGGCUGUGUAUGCAGAUGAAGAAUUCAGGUGUGGGAGGGUCUGCCACCCUCAUAAAGCCAUCUUUAAAACUGACUCAGUCAGUUUAGUUGCCAUUAUGUUGCCUGAAUUUGGAAAUAAUCUGAUAAGUCUUAACGAUGUGUGCACAGAUGCUGUUAGGUGACAGCCACAGAGAUGCGGACUUGUGGUCUCGGUUUUCUGCAGAACAAAGAUUCUGUAGCUGGGUGUGCUGGCACAUGCCUGGCAGUCGAGUCUCUGUGAGUUCAAGGCCAGCCUGGUCUAGUUCCAGGACAACCAGAGAGAGCUACAUAGCGAGACUCUGUCUCCAAAAACACACAGACAGCAAAAACAAAAAAAGACAAAAAAGAAAAGAAUCUCUGAAUUCUCCUCCUCCCUCUCACCUUCGGGACCGAGUCUCCUGAGUGGUCCGCAGCAGUGUUCAUCUUUUGUAGCGAUAAUUUUAGUCGAUUUUUACACUGACGGGACUUACUGUUGGAACAGGGGACACUCAUCCGUUGACGCUUGUCCCUCUGUCGGUGUACACAGAGCUCUUAUUUGUAAAUACCACCAUGCACUGCACGUCGUGGAGUCUGAGCCCGGGAACACGAGUGCACAGAGACGUCUGAGGGCAUGUCCAAAGACUUGCAGGCCACGGGUACACGUGCUGCUGCUAAUUCCGCAGUGACCCCUGGCCAUGUGGCUCCCCUAAAGCACUUUCUUCCAGCCCCUCGGUGCGCUGUUCCUUGUGAGUCUCGUGGAGACUUGCACAUUCUCGGUGUUUCUGUUCUGUGAUAAACAUCUAACUAUACCAUGCAUCAACAUGUAAUUAACCAGCCCUCAACCAUAUUUUACACCUUGUUUUGUUAAAUUAUGUUCAUAAUGUAUGAUUGAAAGUUUCUAUUCUAAUAUUUUUAAAUAUAGAAUGUUCUAGACUUGAAAGGCACUUGAAUGUAGUGUAAUGAAAAUGUGAAUGAAUGCUCCUUUCAUGACCAAAGAUACCAGGCUAGUGGACUUUUAGUAAUGAAAGGCGGGGUCUUAUGGCUUUUCUCUGGAAAACUUCUGGCUUUGUGAAUUAGAACAACUUGGAAUAAUUGAGAAAACAUGAAAAUCUGAUGAGGAGCACUUCACCAUAACCUGCAGUGAUUCUCACUGUGACACAACAACCAAACCUUUCUUUCAAAAGUCUACUCUCUGAGUUGAUUUCCUGCGUACUCAUUUCAGAGGGGUUGGUAGAGAUGUGUUCUGAAGUUGUAUCUCUGAAACCGUGUUUCCCUAGUGAGCACUGGGAAACUGUGCAGUGUUGGCAGAGCUGGUGGAGGAAGGCCGGUUCACAGACUCACUGCUUCCUGGCGCUUCCCAGGGGAGAGGGGCCAGUUCAGCCAUGCUGGGUCCAUUGCUCCUGCCACUUUCCACCAUAGUGAUGGGCUCCUGUCCACUCUGUUUCCCUGUGUGCUUGUCUGUUUUGGCUUUGGCAUAGUCCACCUUCUGACCCAGUUGUCUGAGAACUGAAGAUGCCCUUGCAGGGGUGGGGUUUGCAGGAUGUUGCUGUGGCCCAGGCUAAUGUUAGAUUUGUGAAUCUUAAGAUUGCAGGCAUGCACCACUGAGGCCCACUUACAUUUGUAUUUAAUGCCCUUCCCUCACGGGGUGAGGCAGCUGACCUACAACCCACCUGCCUGCAGGAGCUGCACACUGAGUGGGGGGAUGGUGGUGGUUGAUGGCCAGAGAAUUGCUUUUGACACCACCUCAGUAGUGUUUCUAAAAACAAAACAACAAAAAACCAGGAAGACAGAUGCUGCUGCCUCUGGCAUAGCUCGAGGCUGAAAUGAACACUUUUCUUCCCAUCUACAGAGAGUGGAGUUUCAUCUUAACGACCUCUCUAGAAAUAUUUUGGAAGGGUGCAUGUGGUGUCUAUUGCUUUUAGUGGUAAUUGAGCAGGUGCUAAUGUUCAGGGCCUGAGUUGAGUAUUUCUUGGGGGGCCUUCUUAGCCCAGCAUGUGUCCCUGAACUGUCAGUGCAGUUCACAAGGACUGGGAGGUCCCCCAGGGCCGCCCUCAGCCUCCUUCCCCAUCUGCCCUGAGUCUCCAGACUGUCCGUCUUGGGACUGUCCCGGUGCCCAGCCCAAUUUGUUCAGGAUGCUGUUGGAUGGGCCUCUCUUUUAAUCGAGCAUUGUGAGGAUAAGGCUUCUGUAUUGUGCUCAAGAUAUCAUGUUAGACGGUUCAUGUUAGAUUUUGAUGAUGUAUGAAGUUUGAGACAUUUUUCAUGAUUUGAAUUAGGUUAAUAUUUAAACAUGUGCCUUCUGAGGAAGUUAUUAAUAUUUCAAUAAGAAACAAGAGAUGGACAUUGUAAGCUUGGGAGAUGGUAGGAUGCCCCCAUGCUUUUCUGUUUGUUUUUUGGAUUUUGUUCGGGUCUUUUAACUUUUCCUAUCCUGUGGAAAGUGCCACCUCUCCCUCUGGAUUAUGGCACAUCAUGUUCAGACUACUAUAAUGUCAAGAUUAGGCUUGAAGUGUACAGACAAAGUUGAUUUAUAUGCCCAUUUUGAAGGAGAUUUGGGGCUGUUGACCUGGCUAUGACUGAAGCUGAGAGAGACUUGCUAGGUUUUGUCUCCUGUUCUGAUACUCAUGUCUGUGUGUGAUGGACAGCAUGCAGUUAGCAAUACAAAACACCAAGCCUUACACCUAUCAGAGGAAGUUUAAUAUAUGAAAUUCUGAGCAUACAAAUGUAUAUAAGUGACAAACCUAGAUUUUUAAGGAAGUGUAUGUUAUAGGACAGGAACUUGAUACUGUAUUAAGUACUUUAGAACUAGGAAAACAUUCAUUCUUUGGGGAGAAAAAUCUAGAGGUUAAAAAUAUACUGUCUAUUUAAAAAGGUUAAAUUAUUAUUUGGGAGAAAUUUCUUUGAAUAUAGAAUGCAAUUUAAAGGACUUUGUUUGAAAAAAUUGUAUUUUUGUGCCUUAAUAUUUGGGUUGGUUUUUUUUUAAUAAAUUGCUUUCUGACAUUUGGA